CUUUCUGUUUGCCCUUCGCGGUGCUUCUCUUGCUUCACGCGGCAGCGGCCGGUCCCCCCUUCCUUCGUCCCCCGCAGGGCUGAGGAAAUUGCGAGUUGUUUCGUACUCUUCCUCCGCCGUCCCACCCACCCCCUUGUUCUUCUCCUCUUCGUGCUGUGGUUCGUCUUCUCCAGGUCUCGAAGUGGCUAGCUGUUUUGGGAGCCGCUCCGGAGGAGAAACGAGACAUGGAUGCUACUGCAUCGAGAUCCAGCAGGGGAUUUGAAGAUGAGGACGACGAUGAGUUGGAAUUCGGGAGGAGGGAAGGUCCCUCGCAUAAAGAUUUGACCAUCAAAGUAGAUGGGAAGGGAAGUGGCACGGAUGAUCUUCCCACUACACCAAAAUCAAAGCAUUCUGCAAUGGAGCAACGGAGAAGAAACAAAAUUAAUGACAGAUUUCAGAUACUCAGGGAACUCAUACCACAUAGCGAUCAAAAGAGAGAUAAAGCAUCAUUCCUUUUGGAGGUAAUUGAGUACAUACGGUUUUUACAAGAGAAGGAACAAAAGUACGAGUCCUCUUUCCCAGGAUGGAAUCAGGAGAAUCAAAAACCUUGGGGGAAAGUUUAUUACAGGUCAUUCUGGAAAAAUGCCGAGAAUAACAAUCAAAUCCCUGUAGAUGGUUUGCCUGAUCCCUCUCAAGUUAUUAGGAAUGGUUCUGCUCAUGCAUUCUCUGGACCAUUUGACGAAGGAGAAAUCCCGGUUAUGCCUUCUCUGAUCCCAAAUGCACAUAACCCGAUCGACUCAGACACAACUGCUGGUGUACAGUACAAGAUGGAAAGUGCUUCAGGUUUCGUCGCUACCGUGCCAGCACAGGCUCAGUCACUUUGGUUAGGGUCAUCCAGUCCUGCUGAUUGUGCCACCAGUAAUGAGAUGUUGAAUGACCAAGAAGACCUGAUAAUCGAUGAAGGCACGAUUACUGCAUCUACUAACUACUCGCAGGGGCUUCUGACGACUCUUACUCAAGCAUUACAAAGCUCUGGCAUUGAUCUAUCGCAAGCCAGUAUCUCCGUACAGAUCAAUCUUCGAAAGCGUGCGUCCAACAGCCAACCUGGUACGGCUGCUACAUUGCCCAAUUCCAAGGGUCCCGUUGAUGUUGCUCCGGCUAAACAAGCGGUUGCUCCUCCCUCCAUGGUUGGAAACCUCAGUGAGGAAUCUUCACAAGCAUCCAAGAGACUCAAAGCGCAUAACAACUAGUGCUUUCUUUCUUCUUUGCUUCACUUUGUCAAUCGAAAUGUUAGUGCACUGUAUAUGAGUGUGUACAUUCUGACGAUCCCGUAAUUCGUAUAUUGUAUUCUGCGAAGAGGCUUUCUUUGCCGCACGCGAAGCUGCUCACCUGCUUCCGGUUCACAGACAGUUCCAUGAUUUGAGAAUGUAAUUGGUUGUUGCAAGUUAUUUGUCAUUGUAUUUAGAUGAACACUAUGCUUGCUAUGCAUUGAAUCUGCUUUUCUUUCA